UUUCCUCAUGGCGGAAAACUCAAGAAUAAGAUUUUUCAGAGAAGUCGUUGUUCCCUCGAAUUCAGGGUCAAAAUGGAAAGAAUGCCACAUCAAUACAGUGGCAUCAGUCAGCACCUUGCAGGACAUCAAAGUACCAGACAGCAGUGGUGGCUAUGCAUACACAGAGGGUGGUGUGACAAACAGAUUCAUUUACUGGAGGACAACUAGUAACAUUCUAGAGCUGGUGGAAGAAAGUUUGGAUUACAACUUGGUGGGUUCACAGAUCAGAUUUCACUUCCAUGACACACAGAUUAUAGGAGGCAUUUCCAUUCAUGAGUCCCAUGGAAAUGUUGUAGUGUUUGUCGUCACUGCUAUAAGCGUACAUCGCCUGGUGUUUCCCCAUCCAAGCAGACUCCUCAAAAAUAACAUUGGGUAUACGCAGAACAGCCAUCCAGUUCCUUCAAUAUUCAGUUAUGCAUCAGAUCUAGAAGGUCUUUGGAAUAAAUAUUUACUGAACCAUGGAGGGAAUUUUUCAUCCCAAAUUCAAGGCGCAGCUUCAGCCCAGAACGGAGAGGGUCAGGCUUUGUUUGUCCUCAGUAGUAAUGAGGGGAGUAUCCUCCUAAUAAAAAUGCCUCCCCUUAAUGUUCAAGGGAUUGUCCAGCAGUUUGAGCUCUCUAAGUCCUCCAUGAUGCAGAAGCUUUGGACAGGAUUGGUGCCUGCAGCCAUGAGGGGUAGUCAUGAAUCCUUAGAGUCAGCGACAGGAUUGGUCAUCCAUCCGUAUCGGGGUGAUAUGUACAUCUUUGCCAUCUGUAGAGAUCACAGGCUCAGAGUCUGGUCAACCAGGACUCAUGAAUGUGUUGCAAUAUACAAUGUGCUGGAAACCUGUCCAGAACUAAAAAAUGCACCACCUGCAAUAGGGUCUGGUCAUAAGCUGGUGAAGGUGAUGACUAGUGAUGCUGUCAAUCUUCUUCUCUGUGUACAUUUAAAUUUUGCCAAAAGAAACCAGUUUUGCUUUCUCCAACCUCAACUGUUGAGUGGGAGGGUGCAGCCUAUACAUAUGGCCACAGUGGUGGGCGUGGCUGAGGACCUGAUUGACUUCUGUGUUACCUCUGACAAACUAUGGACCCUUUGGACCAAUAGCUCAGGAGAGAGCAUAGCCAGGGUGUGUCACAUGUCAGGAGACCUGAGAGAUGGUAACUGGGUGGAGGUAAUUCUUCACCCCUCAGAUGGAGGGGAGAUUCUUGUCAGCCAGCACACUGACCCACGAGAAGUCUACAUGGAAAAAAUGUUCCAGCCCAAACGCUUUAGUCUGUAUGACAUCCACAAAGCACUCAAUGUAUACAGACGCUCUAUGGAUGCUAGUGUCCCAGCUGACCUAAACAUCGACUCACUGAAACAUGAAGUUACAGAGGCUGUGGAAGAUGCUAUUCGUAAUUCUGCAAUGGCCAAUGAGAUUUCAGAAGAGGAAUACUGUGAGUUACAGAUGGAGCAGUGGUCCAAAUUCUACUCUGGUGUGGUGCAGUACCAAGAGGUUGGAGGAAAAAUGAAAGGCUAUUUUGCAGAUUCAAACACAGGACUUGUGUGCAUUAUCAAGAAGGGUGGUUUGAGCUAUGUGCGACCUUGUGACCCCAUUGAAGAACUCUAUUUAGGAGAUGGUCAUUGGUCAGCCCAGGACUUGGAUGAAAUAACAAGGAGGGAUGUGAAGACACUGGGCAGGUGUCUGAGUUUAAUCAAUAGCAAGAUCUCGGAGGAAAUGGUUGUUCAGUUUGAAGAUCAGCUGUUGAUGAAAGAACAACCAGAGGAGGCAGUCAGAACUAUUGUGGAGGAUCUGUUCUUUAACACAAGCUUGGUGGAGAUAUCGCUGGAUUCCCUGGGAGCUUUGGUACAGAACAUACACGACCUCCCUAACUGUCUGACAGUAGUACUUAAUUCACUGGAUCUCACCUACGGAGCUGGCAUGGAUGAGGAAAUUGAUAUGGAAAGUGAGCAACAGCUAAUAAGUGGUCAGAUACUGACCAGUGACUCAGCCAUUGACCUGUUGACCACUACCCUUCAACAGACCUCCGAGACAGGGUUUAAGACACUCAGGGAUUUAUUGGUGUUUCUGACUGCUUCCAUCAGCUUGGGAGACAGAGACGGUAUAACCCCAGAGAUUAGUGAGGCAGUAAAUGACCUCAUUCCCAGAACCAGCUCCUUGCUUCAGUCUUAUGCCACACUAAAGUGGACCUCUAACAAAGUGGCUACUCCAAGUCAUUCAAAUUCAGUGGAACUGAAUCUUCGUCAAUUGGCCACUCUUGAAUUAACAGAUAACUCUGGAUUAAGCAGCACACAGAGAGCAGCAACCUCCAAUUUAACAGUGGCAGAGCUCUUUAUCAGAGGUAUCGGUGGAAGCCAGGCACGAGUGAACCUGACUCGUAGAGAGAGAUUCCUCGACAACACAAAACAGAUAUGCAGCUGGGCUGUUUUAGGAAUAACCAGGCACAUUCAACUGUUACUAUGGCCUCUUAAUGAAACCUUUGUGUUCCCAGAAUUCCUAGCUAGCUGUUGUCAGUACCUUCCUCUUCAGGAGUAUUCAUUUCUGCUGAAUCAUUGGUGUGACAUGAACCCUGCCUCCAGGAAGUUUAUGCUGGGACUCUGUUACCUACACUUUGGGGAGCCAGAGAAAGCUGCUCAAUGUUACACUGAAGCUAAAGAGGGCUUAGAAAGGGAGCCUUUCUUACGACAGAGUCUGCUACAAACAUACGAAACUAACCCACGAACACUUGAAGUUCUGUACUAUCUCAAGGUUAUCAGACAGUUUGAGGAGUUAGACUGUGCUGACAUGGUGGUUCAUUUGGCUAGGACGGCUAUUAGUAUUGCAGAUGAAGAUGAUGAGAACACGGCAACCUUGUGGUCAAAGAUGUUUAAAUAUCAACUUGAGCUCGGUCACAAUGAUGCAGCGUACAAUGCAAUGGUCAGCAAUCCAGACCCAUCUAGGAGGAAAGACUGUCUAAGACAACUACUAGUGACCUUGUGUGAGAGAGGUGACCUUCAAACACUGGUGGGCUUUCCAUACAUUGAUCUCCAGGAUGAGGUUGUAUCUAUCCUGGAAUCUCGAGCCAGAGCUGUGGACAUUACAACACAAAAUUAUUAUGAUCUCCUGUAUGCCUAUUAUGUGUCCAGAAACAACUUUGGAAAAGCUGGGUCUGUGAUGUAUGAGCAUGGAAUGAGGCUGGGGAGAGAGGUAACCUCCAGACAAGGGCUCCAGAAACAAGCUCACUGUUACCUAGCAGCCAUGAAUGCCCUUAGACUGGUGAACCCAAUGUAUGCCUGGAUUGUAAAACCCACCACCAGCAUUGACCCUCAGAUGGUAAAGGGCAUCAUGUCAGGCAAACGUAACAUUGAAGGAGACGAAAAAGAAAUGCAGACACCAAAGAGAAUGGAAGUACUGGAGUUAAAAGACAUUGAAAGGGAGUUCAUGUUAGUUGAUGCUCGCCUUCAGCUGUUGAAACAUGACAAGACUAAUUCUGUGGGAUCAGGUCCCACACCAGGAGCAGAUGAGAUGGUGGGCUUACUGGUGAAUGCUGGGAUGUAUGAUCGAGCUCUUACAAUAUGUCAGAUGUUUGAUAUGAAGCUGACAUCUGUGUUCGACAGUCUCGCUCUGAGGUGUGUGAAUCUUGCUAAAAGUUGCAGCCAUUCCACACUAGCAGACAGUACGACCUUGACCCGGGCUUGGGACUGGCUCAAACUGAACAGUCUGACAGCACCAAGCAUUAAAGAGAGCAGUGCUGCAGACACUGCCUGGAGCCUCCUACAGUAUUACCUAAGGAUCCAUGAGGAUAACACAGCAAGACUUCAUCGCACCAUCGUAAUUCGUCUUCUCUCUCAAGGCUUCCCUCUUCCAUCCUGGCUUGUCAAAUCUUACAAGGAACUGAACUGGUCAGAGCUUCUGAGGUUGUAUACAGAUUAUGACCAGUUGGAGGAUGCUGUUCUAUUGACCAUAGAAUAUGUGGACGCUUUACUGGGGACAUACACAGGGCCUGAUUGUCCAGCAUUUAAUAUUAAGUCAUCCCUCAGGCCUACUCCUUUAAAUAAUUGGUUACCUUACACCUGUAUUGAUCAGCUGCUAAGGGCCCUCAAAGAUGUCAAACAGGAUAUUCUCUAUGAAAGGCUGUCAGAAAAACUGGAAUACACUCUUGCCAACUACCACCAGAAGAUGAGGAAUAUAUCGGACAAACUCUUACUGAGAUAACAAUAGCUUACCUGUGUUGUAACUUUGAAUCCUAAGAAGAAAUGUUAUGUCAUUACUUAGAAGAGAGGGGGCAUGCAUUUAUGAAAAGUGCAAUAGGGAGAAAAGAUGUUUGACUAUCGUGUACUGGAGAGCUAAUAUUUGAAUGUUUUUUCUAUAACAGUUUUUGUAUUAAAGUAUGUCUGAAUAAAUUAAAUGAAAGCUUUCUAUAUAUA